CGGGUAUAAAGGUCGGACUAGCAUCAUCUAGCAUCAUACUCCAGCAGCUCCUCCUGUGGCUGACUCUUCUGUACUACUCUCACUCUCUCUAGUUCAUCUGCUGACCGACAACAAUGAAGGUUCUUCUGUUCGUUGCCCUGCUGGGAUUGUCCAUCGCUGACAAGCGACCUUCAAAUAGUUACGGAGCCCCAAAUGGAGGUUUUGGUAACGGGUUUGGCGCCUCUAAUGGAGCCCCAAGCAAUGGUUACACAGCCCCCGGAAGCAAUGGUUUCGGAACUCAUGCAAGGAAUGGAAACGGUGCAGCCUCAGGCAAUGGGUUUGGACAAACUUCAAGCAACGGGUUCGGAGCUGCACCAAGCAAUGGAUACUCAGCUCCCCCAAGUAACAGGUACGGUCCCCCGACAGGUUCCUAUGGACUAGAUGCCGAGCUGGUUGCUCUGCAGGAGAACAUCCCCGGUGGUGGCGUCCCCGGGGAAGACUACCCUGUCUUGGCUUCUCCACCAGACAAUGACUUCUCCUGUGACGCCCAGGCAGUGGCUGGCUAUUACGCCGAUACCGACCCUGAGGCCCGUUGCCAGGUGUUCCACAUUUGCCAGGACCGCGCCGUCAGACGCCAGAAGGACUCCUUCCUGUGCCCCAACGGUACCAUCUUCAACCAGCAGUACCUGGUGUGCGACUGGUGGUUCAACGUUGACUGUUCCCAGGCUGAGAACUUCUACUCCGUCAACGAACUCAUCGGCGUCGUCCCAGACGUUGGCUAUGGUUAUGGUCCCGCCACCAACGGCAUUGGCAACGGUAAUGGCAACGGUGGCAGUUAUGGAAAUGGCAACGGAGCCAACGGAAACGGAAGGAACGGAAAUGGCGCAAAUGGAAGUAAUGGUAGCAAUGGUUACAGAUCCAACGGCAAUGGAAGAAAUGGAAAUGGUGCCGGUAACGGCAAUGGUGUCAAUGGCAACGGUGUGAAUGGGAAUGGUGCCAGCAACGGAUAUGUUGCUCCAUCUGCUCCCUCCGCUGCCUAUGGAACUCCAUUUUAAAAUAGGCGUAAAGCCCA